GUGAAGUCCCCUCCUGGGUGAACUUUAUACCCUUUGACUCUGUCCUGGGGAUGGGGAAGGGAAACAGCAUGGCCUUGGAGUAGCACUGCACUGAAGACAGCUAGGUUCCAGUCUUGGCUCUCCUGAGACCUUGAGCAAAGUCCCCGCUUCGUGCCUCAGUUUCCCCAUCUCCAAAAUGGAGAUAAUGCUGGUGCCUUCCUUUGCAAAGUACUUGGAAAUAUGCUGAGGAAUGGUGUUAUAUGAGAGCUAAGUAUUAUUAGUCAUUCUACAGCCCUCCAAAAUCUCAGCCUAAAAGCAGGUGCUUCCUGUCCCAGCAAUAAGCAGGGUUAUUUGGGGCCAGAUUCUAACACGAGUCGCCUCAUUGAAGUCAGCAGGGUAAAUUGUGCAGUAAGGCACUACUUCAUAUGUAAAUGAGAGAAAUAAAACUCCAUUCUUAGUUUAAAGGGGCAAAGGGUGCCGAUAAAAAAAAAUCUGCACUGUCUAGCAGAGUAAGGCCUGGUCUACACUACGACUUUAAAUCGGAUUUAGCAGCGUUAAUUCGAAUUAACCCUGCACCCGUCCACACAACGACGCCAUUUAAUUCGAAUUAAAGGGCUCAUUAAAUCGAUUUCUGUACUCCACCCCGACGAGCGGAGUAGCGCCAAAAUCGAUUUUAGUAUUUCAAUUUAGGGUUAGUGUGGCCGCAAUGCGAUGUUAUUGGCCUCCGGGAGCUAUCCCACAGUGCACCAUUGUGACUGCUCUGGACAGCAAUCUGAACUCGGAUGCACUGGCCAGGUAGGCAGGAAAAGCCCCGGGAACAUUUGAAUUUCAUUUACUGUUUGCCCAGCGUGGAGAGCACAGGUGACCACAGAUAGCUCAUCAGCACAGGUAGCCAUGCAGGCUGAUAAUCGAAAAAGAGCACCAGCAUGGAGCGUACGGGAGGUACUGGAUCUGAUCUCUGUAUGGGGAGAGGAUUCAGUGCUAGCAGAACUUCGUUCUAAAAGACGAAAUGCCAAAACUUUUGAAAAAAUCUCUAAGGGCAUGAUGGAGAGAGGCCACAAUAGGGACUCAGAUCAGUGCCGCGUGAAAGUCAAGGAGCUCAGACAAGCCUAUCAAAAAACAAAGGAGGCAAACGGUCGCUCCGGGUCAGAGCCGCGGACAUGCCGCUUCUACGCCGAGCUGCAUGCAAUUCUAGGGGGGGCUGCCACCACUACCCCACCUGUGACUGUGGAUUCCGGGUCAGGGAUAGUCUCAUCAGCUACAUCUGAGGAUUCUGCGGACGGGGAAGAGGAGGAGGAGGACGAGCUUGCAGAGAGCACCCAGCACUCCGUUCUCCCCAACAGCCAGGAUCUUUUUCUCAGCCUGACUGAAGUACCCUCCCAACCCUCCCAAGCCAGUAUCCAAGACCAUGACCCCAUGGAAGGGACCUCAGCAGCUGCAAAUUUAUCAAGCCUCCCUCCUCCGUCACGAAGGCUAUCUCAGAUAAGGCGGCGUAGAAAGAGGACAAGAGACGACAUGUUCACUGAAAUAAUGGAAUGCACCCGAAAUCAAAGAGCUCAUUUGAAUGAGUGGAAGGACACUGUAACUAAAUUUAGGAAAGAUGCCAGUGAACGCGAGGUCCUGAGGGACGCUCGAGAUGAGAGGUGGCAGGCUGCAACGCUGGGGCUGCUGCGUGAGCAAACGGACAUGCUCCGGCGUCUGGUGGAGCUUCAGGAACGGCAGCAGGAUGACAGAGUGCCACUACAGCCCCUGUAUAACCUCCCUCCCCCCUCACCAUGUUUCAUAUCCUCCUCACCCAGACGUGUAAGAACGCGGGGGGGUAGGCUACGUGCACCUUCCCACUCCACCCCAGCGGACAGCCCAACCAAAAGGCUGUCAUUACAUUGAAUUUGUUCAGUGGCCUUUUACUUCCCUCCUAUCCUCCUCCCAAACCUCACCCAGAUUACCUUGUUGGUU